GCAGGUCUUAAAUUAAAUGUCAAAUUUUAGCUUCAUUUUUAUUUAGAUGUAGGCAAGGGAAAAACAUACAUUGUUAAACAUAAACGUUUAUACUGAACAUGUGUUACACUAAAGGCGGUAAAUAAAAAUUUAUAGCUACUCAUAAAAUGUACUGUUAUAGUCUUGCAAAACAAGCAGUACAUUGUUUUAAUGCUAUAAAAAACUAUGACCAGAAGAUUUACAACAGGACCAGGAUAACAUUGCUAAGAAAUGAGGAAGUGGCUGAAUAAGAGUUACCCAUCAUAACACUGAGAUCAUUUACUCACAACAUCGAGCGGACAUGGCCUCUCUAUAUGUGCUUCAACUAAUACUUGCUGGACUCAUGGGUAAGUCAGCUAAAUCCUUUAUAAGACAGCUAUACAUAAAUGAUAGGUUCAUUAUUUUAAAAACAAAAUGUUGUUAAUGAUAUAUGGCUGUUUAGUAAUUCAAUUUGAGUCUUAAAUUUUUAGUGCCAACAAUAUUUACUAAUGUGUUUUGAUGAAAACAGUUAAGCAUGAUUACUAGCUGGUAAAAAAAAAUGAGUUCUGUAGUUAUGUCUGUUGGUGAUAUACACAAAGCAUUUGCACCCAUCACUAGUACACUAAGUUUCUGCUGUUUUAUGUUCGGAAUUCACAGUAAAAUUGUUACAGUGAGUCAAGUGUCUGUCAAGGCCAGAGACUCUAUCUCCAUCCCGUGUCUCUAUGAGCCAGGCGACAUAAAAGAUGUGAAAUACUUGUGUAAAGUAAAAACAUGGGGCUUAUGCCUGAAAACAGUUACAACAAAGGAGCCAGAUGAUUCAGGAAAGUUUUCAAUCUCUGAUGACCCAAAACAAAGAAUCUUCACUGUUACCAUCAAUGAUCUGAGCGAUGAGGACAUUAGUUACAGUUGUGCUGUGGAAAAACGUUUCCUGGAUGUUAAAAAACGUUUUGAGCUGUCAGUCACCGCAGGUGUGCCGAGUCUGUAUGUAGACCAACAGGAAAUAACAGCAUUUGAAGGUGGAAGUGUGACUGUCAGAUGUUUCUUUAAAAGAAGAAAAGUAACAAAGUGGUGCAAGCUGAACAACGGCUGUGUGGAAGGUCCAACUGGAUCAAUAGAUGAAACAACUGUGAAAAUUGAUACCAGUGUCGCCAAUGUUUUCACUGUGACCAUGAGUGGACUGAGGCCGGAGAGCAAUGGUUGGUAUUUGUGCUACAAGAAAGACUUUCAGAUGCCAGUUCAUAUAACUGUUCUUCAGUUAACCCCAACUACAACUACAAUGACUCCCAGUACAGCAAGUACGUCAAAUACAGCAACUACAAUCACAGCCAAUACAGCAAACAUUACAAGGACACUUCCAGUCACUACCCAGCAUUCCUCCCCACUUACGAGUGCAGAGCCACAUACAGCUCAGCCCACCGACUCCACCAUAAACAGGACAGCUGGAGAGAACCUGCAAGAUAAAAACAAGGACUCCGAUUUGGUGAUAGUCCUCACCACCACCCUCAGCUUACUGCUGUUGAUUGUUCCUGCUGCUUUUUUCGGAUUGAAGAUGAUGAACAAAUGUAAUAAACGUAACCCUGAGCGUUCUGACAUCACUGCGGGCUUACACACUGGGAGUGAUCCCGAUGUGCACUACGCUACCAUUGUUCACAAUCAACAUGUGGCAGCUCAGCAGAGGCAGAACGAUAUCCCUGAAGACAGUGUGACUUACUGUACCGUAAUAAAGGAUAGUAUGCAAGUGAAACAGAUGAUUGAACCAGUAGAUGGAAGUUUGAGCAACAGCACACUACACACUAAAACAGAUUAAGUAAGAUCAAAAGUUUUAAUAUCGACCAAAAGCAG